AUGUGGGUGCUGGUCCUUAAGGCUCUUACACUGGUUGUGACUUGUGUCCUAGUCUUCUUCCCAUUCAUCUGGAGAGGCAAGAGCCUCCUUUGGGGCAAGACAGAAGAGUCUCAUGUUAUCAGCAUUUUGGAGGAGAGCAAGCUGUUGGUGGACAGUGCUUUCUACAAGACCAUGCAAAGAAACCUCAACAAAAGAGAAAUAAUUUCUCCCUCUCAACUUCUGUCUUUUUCCAAACUCCCUGAGCCAAUAAGCCGAUCUAUUUCUCGAGCAGCAGAGAUUAUGGAAACCUCAGUACAGGCAAUUAAAAAGAGAGGUCACCUGAAACUUAAACAAUCACAACCUCUAACAGAUGCUUUAUCAGGAAAUCUACUGAACAUAAUUGCCAAUGUGUCUGGAUGCCUGCCACAUAUGCUCCCCCCAAAAUGCCCAAACACGUGCCUGGCAAAGAAAUACAGAUUGAUCACAGGAGCGUGCAACAACAGAGAUCACCCCAGAUGGGGAGCCUCCAAUGUAGCCCUGGCAAGAUGGCUUCCUCCUACCUAUGAAGAUGGCAUCAGCGAGCCCAGAGGCUGGAACCCCCACUUCUUAUACAAUGGCUUUCCACUCCCCCCGGUCCGAGAGGUGACCAGACAAGUCAUUCAAGUUUCCAACGAAGCUGUAACAGAGGAUGACCAGUAUUCUGAUCUCCUGAUGGUGUGGGGACAAUAUAUUGACCAUGACAUUGCCUUCACACCUCAGAGCACCAGUAAAACUGCAUUUAGAGGAGGAGCUGAUUGUCAGUGGACAUGUGAUAACCAAAACCCAUGUUUUCCCAUACAGCUCAUGGUCGAGGACUCCAUCAUGUCAAAAAUAUCCUGUUUACCCUUUUACCGCUCAUCUGCAGCCUGUGGCACUGGGAACCAAGGCGCCUUCUUUGGAAACCUGACCCAGGCAAACCCAAGACAACAGAUGAACGGGUUGACCUCCUUCCUAGACGCAUCCACAGUAUACGGUAGCUCCCCCGACUCGGAAAAGCAGCUGCGGAACUGGUCCAGCAAAGCGGGAUUGCUCCGGGUCAACCGGCGCCACCAGGACCUGGGACGUGCCUACCUACCCUUUGCACAGUCCAGCGCACCCCAACCCUGUGCCCCUGAGCCUGGUGUCUUGGGGGCAGCUCGCACCCCCUGCUUCCUGGCUGGAGAUGGCCGUGCCACGGAGGUCCCCUCCCUGGCAGCACUGCACACGCUUUGGCUGCGAGAGCACAACCGUUUAGCUACUGCCCUCAAAGCCCUCAAUGCACACUGGAGUGCCAACACCAUCUACCAGGAGGCUCGCAAGAUAGUAGGCGCAUUGCACCAGAUCAUCACCAUGCGUGACUAUGUCCCCAAAAUCCUGGGUCUAGAAGCUUUCCAACAGCAUGUGGGGCUCUAUGUGGGCUAUGAUGACAUCAGGGACCCCACGGUUUCUAAUGUGUUCUCCACUGCUGCCUUCCGCUUUGGCCAUGCAACAGUUCACCCACUCAUGAGGCGGCUGGAUGCCCACUUCCAAGAGCACCCUGACCUUCCCAGGCUCAGGCUACAAGAUGCCUUCUUCAGUCCCUGGAGACUCAUCAAGGAAGGAGGUUUGGACCCUGUCAUGCGGGGCUUGCUUGCCAGGUCUGCCAAGUUGCAGCUGCCAGAACAGCUGAUGAAUGAGGAACUGACAGAGAGACUCUUUGUGUUGUCCAGCUCAGGCAACAUGGAUCUGGCAUCACUCAACCUGCAGAGGGGCCGGGACCAUGGCCUUCCAGGCUACAAUGAGUGGAGAGAAUUCUGUAACCUGCCCAGAUUGGAGACCCAAGCUGACUUAAAUGUGGCCUUUGGCAAUAGGAAUGUGGCCAACAGGAUAAUAGACUUGUAUGGGCACCCUGACAACAUCGAUGUCUGGCUAGGUGGCUUAGUCGAAAGCUUUCUCCCUGGGGCUCGAACAGGGCCCCUGUUUGCAUGUAUCAUUGGAAAACAAAUGAAGGCCCUGAGAGAUGGGGACAGGUUUUGGUGGGAAAAUGAUGGCGUAUUUACUGAAGCUCAGAGGCAAGAACUGGAACAGCAUUCUCUCUCCCGGGUCAUCUGUGACAACACAGGUCUUACCCAUGUUUCACUAGAUGCCUUUCAAGUUGGAAGAUUCCCUCAAGACUUCCAGUCUUGUGAGAACAUCCCUAGUCUGAACUUGGAAAUGUGGAGGGAGACUAUACCUCAAGGUGACCCUUGUGGCCUCCCAGAUACAGUGGAAAAUGGGGACUUUGUAUUUUGUGAGGAAUCUGGAACGCGCAUGGCAGUCUAUUCCUGUCGUCAUGGAUUUGAGCUUCAAGGGAAAGAGCAGAUAAUUUGUGCCCACAAAGGAUGGGACUCCCAGCCUCCUGUGUGCAAAGACAUCAACGAGUGUGAAGAUGUGAUGGACCCUCCCUGUCACUCAUCUGCUUGGUGCAAGAACACAAAGGGCAGCUUCCAGUGUGUGUGCACAGACCCCUAUGUAUUGGGGGAAGAUGGAAGAACAUGUGUAGACUCUGGAAGGCUCCCAAAGGCAUCUCUGGUCUCUAUCAUACUCAGUGUCCUAUUGGUGUGUGGCCUGGCAGCUCUCACAUGGGCAGUGAUCUGCAGAUGGUAA